AUAUUUAAAAAAAAAUCCCGCAACUACGUUUGCAGUUCUUUGUUUCGUUUCAUCGCAGUCGUCGUCGCCAUGGUACAACCUAUGGUGUUUUUCGUACCGUUCGUUGUCGUGGUUCACGGCGUCCACGACUUUUGUUUGUGUACACCGGGCUUCUUUUUCUCGGUUACUGCCUUGGUGUCGGGAGUCGUCUCCUCCUUGUCGACGAUGUCAUCAUUGGCGGCCACAAUGUCGCCAUUAUCUCGAUCGGUGUCCUCGGUGUCCUUGGUCUCGUCUUCGCGGGUUUCGUCGUUGUCGGUUUUGUGCAUGGCAACAUCUGGCUCUUGGAGAGUCUCGCUUUUGUCCGUCUCGGUGCUUGCGGUCUCGGUGCUGGCCUUGCCAUCGUCGUCCUCGUGGGUUUCGUCCGACGCAUUCUUUCGGUCGCUACCGUCAUUGUUUUCGUCCUCGGGAACCGCCGGUUCAAGGGCCUUUUUGAUGGUGGACUUGACCUUGGACCUUGCCUCGGAGAGCUUUUGCUUGCAGGAUUCGAUCUGUUCCUUGUGGUCCAGGGCAAACUUGUCCACCCCCUUCUUGACCUUGGCCCMGAGCUUGGUCUCCUCGAUCUUGAUCUUGGUCGCCGACAGGCGUUUCUUGGUGGUCUCGAUUUCCUGCUCGUGGUCGCGAGCGAAUCUCUCGCUCUUUUCCUUGAUCAUCUUGCCGGUGUUUCGGACGUCCGCCUUGACGCGCUCGACAAUCUUGUUGUGCUUGGCGGUGGCGCUCGUCCUGGUGCC